UCCUCUUCAUUCAUAAGCCUCCUCCUCGCCUCCAUCAGCUCACAGUCUGUCGGGAACUCUUACCGGCACCACCAGGACUCUACCGGUUCACUUGAUACAGAUAACAGGACUUCUCUCCAGUCAUGACUCGGGUUUCUCCUCCCGUCUUUGUGUUGCUGCUAUGUGCGGCUGUUGUUGUGGUGAUUAUUAAGUCUGGAGACAAUCUGGUAAGAAAAAGAAGAGAAUGGAUUCUCCCUCCAAAGCCACUGAAGGAAAAUGUGGACUACACUAAACAGGAGUCUAUUGCCAAGAUUCGGUCAGAUUUUGAAACUGAAUCAAAAAAUAUUGACUACUCUCUGGAAGGUAUUGGUGCAAGUGAAUAUCCCUUCCACGUGUUUGUAGUAGACCGUAAAAGUGGAUUAAUUAAGGUGACCAAAAUACUCAACAGGGAGGAAAUCGAUACGUACAAUCUGUCUGGCGUUGCUAAGUUCACUGAUGGCAGAGAGGCAGAGACAAAGAUUGACAUACGAAUCAAGGUCGUCGAUGAGAACGACAACGCACCAGUGUUUGGAGACAUAAAGCCCGGGGAGGUGAAGGAGCUCAGUGCUGCAGGAACUUCAGUUAUGAAAAUAACUGCAACUGAUGCUGAUGAACCAGGGAAUGUGAACUCUCAGAUCGCCUAUUCCAUCAUAGAUCAGGACCCACCUGGUGACAUGUUCUACAUUACCAAGGAUGGGACCAUCCACGUCAAAAAUUCUGCCCUGGACAGAGAGGACGUAGAUAAGUACACUCUGACAGUGAAAGGUCAAGACUUAAACGGCGAACCAGGGGGAAAGAGUGCAACUGGCACAGUCACCAUUAAUGUACAAGAUGUGAAUGACAACCUUCCCACCUUGGAAAAACAGCAGUAUGAGGGCAGCAUUGAGGAGAACACACAGAAUGUGGAGGUGAUGAGGAUCAAAGUAGAGGACCUGGACCUGAAGGACACAGACAACUGGAAAGCUGUGUUUGACAUUGUCAAAGGCAACAAGGCUGGGUACUUCAGCAUCCAUACAGACCCCAAGACCAACGAGGGCGUCCUAAUGCUCGACAAGGCUGUGGACUAUGAGGAUGUGAAGGACCUUGACCUAGGACUAGCUGUGAGGAACGUGGCUCCACCAUAUGAUGGAUCUGCGACAAAUGCUGAAGUUGGUAUAGGGGGACCAACUGGUGCUAGUGGGGGAGGUGGGACAACAACAUGGCUAGGUGGGACCAAAUUUAAAACCUAUCCACUUAAAAUCAAUGUGAAGAACCAGCCGGAGGGGCCAAGUUUUGACCCCAAAGUCAAAGCUAUUCCCAUCUCAGAAGGAAGCAGCUACACCACUAAGGAUGUUAUUGCCCAAUACCAGGCAACAGAUGAAGACACUGGGACACCAGCUGAGAAUGUCAGGUAUGCCAAGAACUCCGACCCUGACAACUGGCUGAUCAUCGACCCAAAGACAGCUGAGAUCAGACUGAACAAGAUGCCUGAUAGAGAAUCCCCAUACCUGGUCAAUGGGACAUAUUUAGCUGAAGUACUCUGCAUUACAGAAGACAUGCCCUCUAAAACAGCGACCGGCACAGUAGCCAUCCAGGUGGAAGAUUUUAAUGACAACUGCCCCACCCUGACCAGUACCUUCGAGACUAUGUGUACCACCACUGAUAGUGUUAUCGUGAACGCUAAAGAUGAUGAUUACUACCCUAACGGGCCUCCGUUUCACUUUGCCGUCAUCCCAGAGGGCACUCAGGGCAAAUGGCGCGUGGAGCAUUUAAAUGACACUGCAGCUAUCCUGAGGGCCCAAGGGCCCGUGUGGCCUGGUUCAUUUGAGGUGGAGUUUAUGGUGACGGACCAGCAGGGACUGUUCUGUCCAGAACCACAGAAAGCGACGGUCCAAGUUUGCACCUGUGAGGACGGGGUGGUGUGUGGAAAACGAGGGGCCCAAGGUCAGAACGACAAAGGAUCAUCGUUGGGACCUGCAGGCAUCGGACUGCUAUUCCUGGGCCUGCUGCUGUUACUACUCUUUCUUCUGUUGCUGCUCUUCUGCCAUUGUGGCGGGGCUGGUGGUCUGCCAGGGGGCUUUACUAAAAUGCCUUUCGAGACCAAAUCACACCUCAUUAACUACCACACCGAGGGUCAGGGAGAGAACACGGCGGUGCCGUUGCUGAACAUGCCAUUACAAGAGGCAGUGGUGCCCAUGCAAAGAUCUGAUAUCCAGAACUUGGCUGCCUUUCCAGAGGGUUAUGGAAGUGGGACUUAUGAUAGUGGGGCUUAUGGAAGAGGGGGUUAUGGAAGUGGGGCUAUUGGAAUUGGCCAGGGAGAGUGGGGGACGAUGAACCAGACGAACGGCAGUGUCUUCCAAUCUGAGUUUGAUGGCGGAGAAUCACGAGGAGGUGGAGGAAUGGAUGACGGCAUGGCUCUGCCAGACCACUUCCUGGGACAGUACUACUCUCAGAAGGUGCUCAGCGAUAACGAGAACCUUGGAGUGAAGGACGGUCUUUUGGUUUAUGACUACGAGGGCCAGGGCUCCCUCGCUGGGUCAGUGGGCUGCUGCAGCCUCCUGGAGUCUGACAACGACCUGCGGUUCCUCGAUGACCUCGGGAUGAAGUUCAAGACCCUGGCUGAGGUGUGCGGAGGCAAGAAGAUCCUGACUGAAGUCAAACCAGUGUACACUCCUCGGCCCAGUGCCUCCAUCAACACUCAGACCUCAGUGUCAAGUAUGAUGACUGCCCAACAGCUGCCCCCUCUACCCAAGCCGACCCCCCCUCAGACUGUGGUCAAGGAGGUAUCAGAGGUGGUGAAGGAAAGCACGGCCACAGUGAGGAAAGAGAUGCCCUCAGUGAGUACAGGGAUGACCAUAGUGAAGGAAGGGAUGCCCUCAGUGAGGACAGGGAUGACCAUAGUGAAGGAAGGGAUGCCCUCAGUGAGGACAGGGAUGACUAUAGUGAAGGAAGGGAUGGCAAAUCCAGGCCAGAUGCUCCUGCUACAGCCGCAGCAGCAGCAGCAGCCUGUCUACUACACCACCGCCCCUGUGAUGCAGCCCAUGCACUACGUAGUCCAGCCACAGGUUCAAAACACUGUGCUGCUGGCUGAGGCACCAGCUACCAACCUGCAGGGCAUGGUACUGGUUAACGGCAUCCAGACUGGACCUGCCCAAGGCAUGGUUGUACAAGGGCAGACAAUGAUGUCCAGCGGACCAGCCCAGGGCCCGCACAUGAUGCUGGUGGAGAGGAGCGGAAUCCAAGGCGGCGGUGCCAACCUGGUCCACACUGGCAACCUCUCUGGCUCCCAGACCAUGAUGGUGGUGGAGGGCAGGGUCCCAGCAGGGUCAAUGAAAGGGCUGAAUGGAAGCCAGAUUGGUGUCGUGCAGGGGGGCACUCUGCAGUCAGGAGGGCUUUCAGGAUCUCAGAGGGUCCUGGUGGUCGGAGGGCCAACAAGCAGUGGAGGGCAGUUGGUCCAGGAGGCAGGAAGUUUGUCCCAGAAGAUUGGGUCUCUCUCUGGGUCUCAAAGAGUUCUCUACAGCAAGGGCAGCUCAUCCAUGGGUCCUCAGAGCGGCACGCUGGGUUCCUCUACCACCACAGUGAGUUCUAUCCCCACCUACAGCAAGGUGGUGGUGCAGGAGACGAGAGAAAUUCGCUGUACCUUCGAGACUAUGUGUACCACCACUGAUAGUGUUAUCGUGAACGCUAAAGAUGAUGAUUACUACCCUAACGGGCCUCCGUUUCACUUUGCCGUCAUCCCAGAGGGCACUCAGGGCAAAUGGCGCGUGGAGCAUUUAAAUGACACUGCAGCUAUCCUGAGGGCCCAAGGGCCCGUGUGGCCUGGUUCAUUUGAGGUGGAGUUUAUGGUGACGGACCAGCAGGGACUGUUCUGUCCAGAACCACAGAAAGCGACGGUCCAAGUUUGCACCUGUGAGGACGGGGUGGUGUGUGGAAAACGAGGGGCCCAAGGUCAGAACGACAAAGGAUCAUCGUUGGGACCUGCAGGCAUCGGACUGCUAUUCCUGGGCCUGCUGCUGUUACUACUCUUUCUUCUGUUGCUGCUCUUCUGCCAUUGUGGCGGGGCUGGUGGUCUGCCAGGGGGCUUUACUAAAAUGCCUUUCGAGACCAAAUCACACCUCAUUAACUACCACACCGAGGGUCAGGGAGAGAACACGGCGGUGCCGUUGCUGAACAUGCCAUUACAAGAGGCAGUGGUGCCCAUGCAAAGAUCUGAUAUCCAGAACUUGGCUGCCUUUCCAGAGGGUUAUGGAAGUGGGACUUAUGAUAGUGGGGCUUAUGGAAGAGGGGGUUAUGGAAGUGGGGCUAUUGGAAUUGGCCAGGGAGAGUGGGGGACGAUGAACCAGACGAACGGCAGUGUCUUCCAAUCUGAGUUUGAUGGCGGAGAAUCACGAGGAGGUGGAGGAAUGGAUGACGGCAUGGCUCUGCCAGACCACUUCCUGGGACAGUACUACUCUCAGAAGGUGCUCAGCGAUAACGAGAACCUUGGAGUGAAGGACGGUCUUUUGGUUUAUGACUACGAGGGCCAGGGCUCCCUCGCUGGGUCAGUGGGCUGCUGCAGCCUCCUGGAGUCUGACAACGACCUGCGGUUCCUCGAUGACCUCGGGAUGAAGUUCAAGACCCUGGCUGAGGUGUGCGGAGGCAAGAAGAUCCUGACUGAAGUCAAACCAGUGUACACUCCUCGGCCCAGUGCCUCCAUCAACACUCAGACCUCAGUGUCAAGUAUGAUGACUGCCCAACAGCUGCCCCCUCUACCCAAGCCGACCCCCCCUCAGACUGUGGUCAAGGAGGUAUCGGAGGUGGUGAAGGAAAGCACGGCCACAGUGAGGAAAGAGAUGCCCUCAGUGAGUACAGGGAUGACCAUAGUGAAGGAAGGGAUGCCCUCAGUGAGGACAGGGAUGACCAUAGUGAAGGAAGGGAUGCCCUCAGUGAGGACAGGGAUGACUAUAGUGAAGGAAGGGAUGGCAAAUCCAGGCCAGAUGCUCCUGCUACAGCCGCAGCAGCAGCAGCAGCCUGUCUACUACACCACCGCCCCUGUGAUGCAGCCCAUGCACUACGUAGUCCAGCCACAGGUUCAAAACACUGUGCUGCUGGCUGAGGCACCAGCUACCAACCUGCAGGGCAUGGUACUGGUUAACGGCAUCCAGACUGGACCUGCCCAAGGCAUGGUUGUACAAGGGCAGACAAUGAUGUCCAGCGGACCAGCCCAGGGCCCGCACAUGAUGCUGGUGGAGAGGAGCGGAAUCCAAGGCGGCGGUGCCAACCUGGUCCACACUGGCAACCUCUCUGGCUCCCAGACCAUGAUGGUGGUGGAGGGCAGGGUCCCAGCAGGGUCAAUGAAAGGGCUGAAUGGAAGCCAGAUUGGUGUCGUGCAGGGGGGCACUCUGCAGUCAGGAGGGCUUUCAGGAUCUCAGAGGGUCCUGGUGGUCGGAGGGCCAACAAGCAGUGGAGGGCAGUUGGUCCAGGAGGCAGGAAGUUUGUCCCAGAAGAUUGGGUCUCUCUCUGGGUCUCAAAGAGUUCUCUACAGCAAGGGCAGCUCAUCCAUGGGUCCUCAGAGCGGCACGCUGGGUUCCUCUACCACCACAGUGAGUUCUAUCCCCACCUACAGCAAGGUGGUGGUGCAGGAGACGAGAGAAAUUCGCUGAAUGAGAGAUUGUCAGGACAAGAGAGGACCUUUCCAGUGAUGCCAAUCAGACUGUUCCUUUGGCCUGGUACAGGUGGUGAUGGGAUGCUUGUGGGACUCGACUAAUGCAAGACCGCUAAUGGAGAGAGGGAAGGAUCCCCAUAAUCCCUCUUUUAAAUUUGACAGUACAGUUUUCAAAAAAGGUUUGUCAAUCCCAAAUGAGGAGAGACUCCCUUCAAUCAUUGACUUCCCAAAGGUUUGGGGGCGGCCCAAACCAGAGGCAACAUUCCAGUAGUUCUUCAAUACACCAGACAGGGAAAAUAAAGACAUAAAAUGUGAACGUUGAAGUGGAAUAAUAACAACAGCAAUUGGAGACUCUGAAAAUAUCCCAGCAGACCUAUCUAAUGUCUCAACUGCUAUAAACUGGGUUUGUGAAUAAAGCACUGCAGCACAGCUAUCUCCAGACCCCAAAAAUAUGUCUUGCAUUGUAAUACUUUUUUAUUCUUAUUUUUUAGCUGCGUCCAGCAGCUCUAUAGCUCUCUGUCGGUUGAUCUACAAAAUUUUCCCCACCCUUUAGGUGGAGGAGGCUGAUAUUUGGCAUGGAGUUCGAGUGUGUGGGUGUGAAGGUGUGUGUUUGUGGUCAUGCCAACUGGCAAAAAGGGGGUGUAGCAGUGUGUGUGGCCUAUGCCAAAAAGGCGCUUAACUUGUAAACAGAUUCACGUACCAUUGCCAAACUCAUGAAGCGCUGUGGGAGGUAUCAUUGCAGCAGAGUUCCUCCUCCAUGGUGUAGGUUAGCCCUAAGCUUCUUUCGUAACUCAUGAACCGUUUCUUGUAGACGCUUGUUGGAGGUGUGUAGAUACAUGUGCGAACAUGGUGGCAGUUAUUGCGGAUUCACACUUGUUUUGUACAAAUGUACAUCUUCAUGUUUUCUGUUGGCUCUGGCUCUAUUAUCUCUUGUUAUUGUAUGUUGUCUGUUGUUUUGCACCAAUAAAAAAAGAUAUAUAAAAACCUA